AUGGUCAUGGCUGGGAGAAUGGAGUCAUCUCUUGUCGAUAUUCUAAAACUAGGUCUCGAGGUGUUAAUCGCUAUGUUUGGUGUAGCCGGCAACGUGUUGGUAGCAAUUGUCAUAAGCGGACUGGGAAAGAGAAAAUCAACAACUGAUCUCUUUCUGCUGAACUUAGCCGUUGCAGACCUUGGCAUUCUGUUACUAUCCUUCCCGCUCAUUACUAUCAGGGAAAAAGCACCCCGGAACUGGCCACUUGGAGAAUUUGUCUGCCUUUAUCUGUACCCCGUUCCCGACGUAUUCCACGGCGCUUCCGUGUGGUGUAUCGCAAUGGUCGCUGUCCUUCGAUAUUACGAAGUAGUCCUCCUGCGAAAACCAAUAACAAACAAAAAUAAUACUCCUAAAAAAGCUGCCAAGUUUGUCGCUGUAUGCGUUUGGCUGACAUCGUUUUUAUUGUUUUGUUUACCGUUGUACCUUGUCGUUGAAUAUAAAGAAGAAACAGCGGGAGAGAAAUGGUGUGGUCCCGCUUGGCCCUCGUGGAUGGCGGCCCAAGUUUACACUGUGUUCCUGACUAUUUUAUCUUAUAUCCUGCCUCUUAUUGUCAUAUCUUGGACUUUUGUCGCUGUAUCACGUACAUUGAAUCACAGCAGUCGCUUCCUCAAAGACAUGAAACGGGAUCAAGAUGGUGUGGAGAGUAACGAACAAAAUUCUUUAAGUAAACUCAAAACUGGUCGUCUUCGUCAAAAUAAACGCGCUAAACGUAUUCUUACACCAGUCGUUCUGGUAUGCGCAAUUACACUGCUCCCUUUGACUAUUCUUCGUUUAACUGUCGUAGUUUGGCCAGCGGUCGCGGAUCAGGAAUAUUAUGAAGAAUACCUUUUGUAUAUAGUAACCGUAUUUGUUAUGCUUAACUCUUCUGUUAAUCCUGUCAUUUACUCCAUAGCCAGCAAGAAAUUCCGCAGGAGCGUUUCCAAUUUACGUUGUGCGGAAGGUCGUCGAGAAAGAUAUUUCCAAAGAUUUUCCAACCUUCGGCAACAGGUCCUUCUUGGGACAUGA